GGAAGAGAGAGCGAGAAUAAGAAAUUAAAGUAUGUCAAACUGAUACCACAUUGCGACCAUUACUGAUCUUCAAGCAAAUCGCGGGUCCAUUGGUCAAUACGCGACCAGAUCGCGUUACUUUUAGUGGGUUUUUAUUUAAACGUCACUCGUUUAAUUUAUUCCCAUCUCUAGGUCGUUGCCUUGGUGUGAAAUUAUUAUUAUUAUUAUAAUAAUAAUUGUAACAAACUCAUAAGAAAGACCCGUAAACGGGACAGUGGAGUGUCUGGUUUUAUUUCAAGGACGUGUGAGUGAUCUUUUAUAGAUAUCAGGUCACCUUUUUAUUGUGCUGGUAAUUAAUUACAGACUACUGUUAUUCGGGUAAUCUAAGGUAAUUAGUCAUCCAAAGAAUAGUAUGAUAAGUCAAGGAUGGAGAGUACUGACCUACUGUCCGCUGUUCCUGUUCCUAGCAUUAUUUUUAGACAAUACUUCAGGAGCCGUCAUAAAUGUGAGUCUUGAUCGGACGAAAAGACAAAUAGAGAUUGAGAAGACGAACUGGACCCAGCUGGCAGACGAAUGGCUUUCAGCUAAAAAAAGAAUCAGUGAUCAGUUCAUACCCAUUUUGCCAGACUCCAGUGGAAAUGUCAGAGACUUGCCACCAACUGCAGAGACUGUCAUUGAUGGAAUGACUCCCGAGCAAUUGUCGAGGGUGAACUACUCGAGAAUGCUCUGGGACAUGGAGAAUGUCCAGCAAAGCGGUCAUCUGUCUCUGUUUGUCGACAAAGCCAUGAAACUGCUUGACUUGCAGAAAGUUAUGGUCGAGGUUGAGACAUCGGUAAUGUCAAAAGUAUCAUGUACCGCUUGCAAAGUAGGCGCUGGUCUUCUUCAGCACUACAUCAAAGGCGGAAAGACUGACCAAGAAAUAAUGACAAGCAUUUACCAGUUUUGUGUAUCGCUGCACAUUCAAAGCUCACGUGUUUGUCACGGCGUCACGCUACUUUUCGGGGGAGAAGUUAUUUACGUUCUCAAGCAAGUCAACAUGGGGCCGACCCAAAUUUGCAGUUUUGUAAUCGGCGACGCUUGUGACGACGCUUACAAUCCUCUUCAUGAAUGGGAAGUUGCCUUUCCACCAGUAAAAAAACCACCAGUCGACCCGCCAAUUCCACCGAAAGAAGGAGCGCCGACAUUCAAAGUUCUGCAUAUUUCAGACACACACUACGAUCCCUAUUACCAGGAAGGCUCUAAUGCCAAUUGCAAUGAGCCCUUGUGCUGCAGACUUACCAACGGAGCGCCGACUACGGGUGCCGAUGCCGCCGGACGAUGGGGAGACUACAGAAAAUGCGAUACUCCCAAGAGAACUGUUGACCACAUGUUGAAACACAUACAGGACACACAUGCGGACAUCGAUUACAUUUUGUGGACCGGAGAUUUACCACCGCAUGACGUCUGGAACCAGACUCACGAAGAAAAUCUUAAGAUUCUACGAGAAACUGUUGCUCAGAUGGCCGAAACUUUUCCUGGAGUGCCGAUUUUUCCAGCGCUGGGUAAUCAUGAGUCUGCUCCAGUCAAUAGUUUCCCGCCGCCGUUCGCCCCCGAGGAAAACGGCAUCAGUUGGCUGUACGAUGAGCUCGACAAACAGUGGAAACGAUGGCUACCAGCAGGAGUAUCUCACACCGUCCGCAGAGGAGCUUUUUACUCGGUCCUAGUUCGUCCAGGGUUCAGAAUUUUAUCUGUCAACAUGAACUACUGCAACAACAAGAACUGGUGGCUGCUUCUCAACAGCACCGACCCGGUCAGUGAGCUCCAGUGGCUGGUCUACGAGCUCCAGGGAGCGGAAAUGAACGGCGAGAAGGUUCAUAUCAUCGGACACAUUCCCCCAGGUCACUCCGACUGUCUGAAAAUAUGGUCAAGAAAUUAUUACCACAUAAUAAAUCGGUACGAGUCAACGAUAGCUGCUCAGUUCUUCGGACACACCCACUAUGAUGAGUUCCAGCUGUUCUACGACACGGCUGAUCUAGGCCGCGCACUGAGUAUCGCUUAUGUAGGACCUUCUGUGUCGCCGUACUAUGAUUUGAAUCCUGGGUACAGAAUAUAUUACGUGGAUGGCGAUCAUCCGAAGACCACGCGGAUGGUCGUCGAUCACGAGAGCUGGGUGAUGAACCUCAAGGAGGCUAAUCUCUAUGACUAUCCUAUUUGGCACAAGAUGUACAGCGCUCGGCAGGCUUAUCAGAUGCCAUCAUUGCUACCAAAAGAUUGGGACGCUUUGAUUGAUAAGAUGACCAACGAGCCAUCGAACUUUGAUCUCUACUACAAACAUUACUACAAGAAUUCCCCGGUCCGACCGGUCUGCAACAGCGAGUGUCGCAAGAGAAUGCUCUGCGAUUUACGAAGCGGCAGGAGCCAUGACCGCAAAGCUCUGUGUCAAACUCUGGAGUCAAGAAUCGACGGGGCGAACGGAAACAGCUGGCGCGAAUGGAUCUACAACGGAUUGGCAUUAUCGUACGUAAAAAAUUGGUGGAUGGACAAUUACAAUGGGAAUACUAAAACUAACGAAGUCGGUCUUGAUUAAUUAUAGGAAAAAAAUAUCGGUUGCUUCACUUAUUCCUAACAUUUAUUUUUUUGCUACAAUAAUAUUGUACGUAACUUUAAUUACUCUAACAAUAACUUUUUCUGUGUAUUACUAAUUGCUCACUAGAAUGUUUAAGCUGUUAUCUACUUUUAUAAACACAGUCGAACUCCAUUGUCGCGGAACUUCCCCUCAAUCUUGACCCCCACUACGAGCUACGCAGUCUCUUACCCGAUGUUAUACAAUUGUAUGUGUGUAUAUAACACAUGUGUGUAGUUCAUUUUUUCCGGGAGAAGGGACAUCCAUUAACUCGAAGUUUAAAGAAAUUUCCGUCCCUCUGUCUACAGAAAAAUUGAAUGAAACCCGAUUGGAACCUGACUGAGUCGUGUGCGCAUAUCACUCAGUCAGGUUUUGCACAGUAAUCAGUGUGGUGAUGUACCACAAUCGAGCAUUUUCUUUCAGCAAGGUACUGAGUCGGGUGCAGAAUAGCAACCAGUCAGGUUCCAAUCUUUCCACCCCUGGCGGUUUUGAAUCACCCUGGAAACACCCUGGGAGUGGAAUCACGGUGGAUCCACGAUGG